AUAAACUUUCUUUUUUCCUAUUUAGGCAACUAAUAUGCAUCUCAUUUACAAAAUACUACUAUUUUCUAACAAGGGGUAUUUGAUAAGUCUAGUCUCCCUUGUGUUGUGCUUAAAAUCAUUCUUUUGCCCAAAUGAUGUUGUAAAGAUUAACAAUUUUAGAUUCUUUGAUGUAUGCUAUGAAAACCAGUUUAAGUAUCUUUGACUUGCAUUCACAGUAAUCUUUCCUCCCUUUUUAAAUACAAAGAUAUGUUAUAGAUAAUGAAUUCUUUGAUCCGCUUGUUUAAUU